UCCAUCUUGAGUAGAAUAUCCCUUUUUACGGGAAAGUAAAUCUCGGGUAAAGCUAACUAGUUGCCAAACCCCUAACAAGCUUAUUUUCUCUACGAAAAGGAAAUAAGGAAGAAACCUGCAUUUUAUAUAUUUACUCUUCAAAAUCUCGCCCCAGCCAUUCUUGUGAGGAUCAGAAGCUGACUCAUAAUGGCUACCGCCAAUUCCGUUGUUCGAUCGCCAAAGGCCCCACUCUCUGGAAAAUUCACGUUCUCCGAUAAAAAAACAACGCUACCCGUCCACAUCCCCCAAUUUCCUCCACAACGCCGCCGUUUCACCCCUCUUUCCGCUUCCCUCCACGACAGCGAGAAUAACAACGGAAGCCAUAAGAACGCGCAGGCCGUUGAGUUGGAGAAGCUUUUCGACGAUGCCCCAUACGACGACGUCUCUAAAGACUCCCCUUUGCAUCCCAGGCCACUUUCUUCAACCCAGUUUUCUAAUUCGGUCUCCAAUGGCAAUCGCCUUCGCGUUGCAUAUCAGGGAGUUCGUGGCGCCUACAGCGAAGCAGCUGCUGAGAAGGCCUAUCCCAAUUGUGAAGCUGUUCCUUGUGAUCAAUUUGAUGCUGCAUUUCAAGCUGUUGAAAAGUGGCUAGUGGAUAGAGCGGUAUUACCAAUUGAGAAUUCCUUAGGUGGUAGUAUUCAUCGAAACUAUGACCUCUUGCUUCGUCAUAGCUUGCAUAUUGUUGGGGAAGUUAAGCUUGCAGUUCGUCAUUGCUUACUAGCCAAUCAUGGUGUUAAAGUUGAGGACUUGAAAAGGGUUCUUAGUCAUCCUCAGGCUCUAUCUCAGUGUGAGAACACUUUAACUAAGUUAGGAUUGGGUAGAGAAGCAGUGGAUGAUACUGCCCUUGCGGCAAAGCAUGUGGCUUUCCACAAACUAAAUGAUACAGGAGCUGUUGCAAGUUCUUCAGCUGCAACAAUAUAUGGACUGAACAUUCUUGCUCAAGAUAUUCAGGAUGAUUGUGAUAAUAUUACUCGAUUUCUAAUGCUGGCAAGGGAACCUAUUAUUCCUGGCAUUGAGAGGCCAUUCAAGACAAGUAUAGUUUUCUCAUUAGAGGAGGGUCCUGGUGUUCUUUUCAAGGCACUUGCUGUUUUUGCUCUUCGACAGAUCAACCUUACAAAGAUUGAAAGUCGUCCCCUAAGGAACCAGCCCUUGCGAGCAUCCGAUGAUAGCAACAAUGGCUUAAAAUAUUUUGAUUACCUUUUCUAUGUGGACUUCGAAGCUUCAAUGGCUGAUCCAAGAGCACAGAAUGCCCUAAGACAUCUAAAGGAGUUUGCAACAUUCUUGCGAGUUCUAGGAAGUUAUGCAGUGGACACUACCAUGACAUGAACGAGUUGUUGACCAUGGACUCAGUAUGAAGUAUCAAUGUUAAAUGGAUCAAAAUUUUACAUUGCACAGAUAUGGUUACUCACUAUACAAUGGUUGCAUUUUUUUGGUAUAUAGAAAAGACGCUGCAAUUAAUAGCCAAGCCAUUGCACUGCAAUGGAGGAAUGCUGACAAAAAAUCACUAUGGGCAGUCUGGCCUAUGACAUUUUGUAAUUAAUUUAUAGUAGUUUUUAACAAAUGGAGUGAGUCUCCUAUUCGUUGCUUCUAAAUUUCUUGAGAAAUGGGGACUGGGUUUUUGUCUA